UAGACAAUAUUGUUGACAGUUUUUUGAAACAGUGACAAAAACCGAGCGCAAAUUACAAAAAUCACUGAAUUAUUUUUUAAUCUUGAAAAUAUUUAAAGUGCAGAAGGAUGAACAUUUACAUCAAUUAGAAAAGUGUACUUGAUAUCGAACGCUAAAUAAUGAGUGUAUAUUUUCUUUGUUUAGAUUUUGUUAACGUUUGAUAAUAAUAAUGUAUACUUUGAAGGGUAUCUUCCCCGAACCAAAGAAAGAACAGAAAAAGAACUUCAUCAGAGAAAACAUGAAACAGCUAAAAUAUAUUCAAAGCAAAUCUCCUAAAGAGCCAAAAUAUAACACGAAAAAUGUCCACCCGCCGCGAUUGACUAACCCCAUUGCAGCUGGGAGCUCCCUCGGCCAGGUGAAGUCAUCACCUUCUAACAAAAGUGGGAAGACCUCAAUCAAUAUUGCAAAGACUAGCUCUACAAAUACUCGCAAAAAAAUUACAGACAUACGUAUCAAAAAAGGGGACAUGGCAGAGUUUCUCAAAAGGAAAGAAAUGAGACAGGCGAAGGCAGUGGAAGAUUGUGCCGAUGAAGAAGUAAAGUCAAAUGAGUCAUCAGGCCGUCUCCGGGACAUUGGAUGUCAAACCAUAGAGUCUAAUCUUGCACAGAAACUGGCUGAAAGUGCAAAGUUGACUAUGCUGUAUCCCAAGAAAGAGGGUGAGGAUGCGGAAGCUAAGAUGAAAGCUAGCGGGGACAGUGGACACCACAGAAGUCCUCCGCCUUCACAGACUCCCCGCCGAGCUGGUGAUGAUCUAAUAGAUGUUGAACGAAACCGUAGCCGGUUGAACUCUAUCCUGGAAAGAAAAGAUAACAAGGACCCGUAUCUGCCAUCAGGCUAUCAGAAGGGCGUAUUACCUAAGUACCUGCGUGAGCGAAAGGAACAGGGGCCUAAGGACACUGAAGGCGUCCGGGCUGAUGAUGAUCACUCCAUAUGUCCAGCCGGACAUGUCACACUGCCUGAUACUGAACGCAAGGAGACCUUGCGGAUGCUUAGGAAUAGUUUUGCAGAACUAGUAAGUGAACUGAACAAAUUGCCUGUAAAAACAGACACAUUGAAGAUGCGAAAUAGGAAAAUGGAGCUAGAAAAACAGUUAGCAAAGCUUGAGGAGGGAAUCAAAGUGUUUUCCCGACCCAAGGUGUUUGUAAAAAUAGGGGAGUGAGUGGCCGAUGCUUGUUCAGUAACAACUUGUAAAUUUAUGGUGAUGUACUGGGCAGGGCGGUCAGAUUUGUAAAUAUCUUAAAGCCAUCAAUAUGUUUGAAAUGUCAAAAGAUAAUUAAGCUGUUGUUAUAUAUUUUUUAAUUAAGAAAAAAAUUUGUAGCAAUAGAAAUUAUGUUUAGCCUUAGUUUUUAAUUAUUGCAUGUUCACAAUCGCGAAUUAUAGACUAAAUUGAAAGGUACAUCCAUCUUUAAGUGACACAUUUCUUAGUUAGAAAUCAAAUAUUAGAUGUUGAUGUUGCGACCCUUUCGCACUGUAAUGUCAAUAGGUCUGACUGCACAAGCCCAGUAACGGAUUCCGUCCAAAUCCAAAUUGUAUGUCGCGUUUGUUGUAAGAUGUCUCCAAAUUAUUGUGAUAUCGCUCAGAAGUUAAUCCGACGUUAUCGUAUGUUAGUAUUAAUUAUAUUAUUGUAUGUUAUUCGUUGUUGUAACUAAUAUAAUUAGAUACGUUUGUAUGAUUUACAGUGUUUCUAUAACUUUUUUUGGAGAUUUAAAUACAAUUAUUUGUGUUUUUAGUCCAUUUCUUUGACAAAUGAAAUAGGUUGUCGUUAUAAUAGAAAUUUUAUUUCUAUAACUUGCAACAAGAUGGCGUGAUACCAUCGAUAUUUGAUUUAUAAAAUAAAUUAAUCUCUAAAGCUA